AGCUUGAAUAUAUGGAAUGAAGCUUGAAUAUAUAGAAUGAUCGUCUGAAUAUAUGGAAUGAAACUUGAAUAUAUAGAAUGAUCGUCUGAAUAUAUGGAAUGAAACUUGAAUAUAUAGAAUGAUCGUCUGAAUAUAUGGAAUGAAGCUUGAAUAUAUAGAAUGAAACUUGAAUAUAUGGAAUGAAACUUGAAUAUAUAGAAUGUAUGAACCUCAUUUUUAGAGAUGAGGUGUUUCUGAAAUCUCUGCCUUUACAAAAUGGCAUCAGCUGAACUAUUUCAGUACUUUUUAGAGCUUGACAACUGUUUUGCGACAGCUGUUCAAACUACAAAUGGUCGAAAUAAUUUGGAAUUUAUACUACGUCACCUUGAAGAACACGUUUUCAUUAUUGCAACAUUUCUAGUGCUCAUGAAUAAUGUUCAACAAAACGUUUCUGGGAUAAGAUUAUGCACACUUCUUGAGGGAAUUUAUCAAUCACUGAUGGAGAUGUCAACUGAGCUAACACUUCGAGCAGAAGCUGAAGCACAUGUUAUGGGCUCAUUAUACCAUUCUACAUCUCAAAGAGGAAGGCCAAGGUAAGUGAUAAAAAUGGAAACAAAUUUAUUCAUAAUGUGUAUGGCACUUGAGAGAGUCAAGAGAUGGCAAACAAGAUAAUGAAUGCAAGAAAUAAGAAAGAAGUUAACAUAUUUGUUAUUUUGUGUCUAACUCUUUUAGGUACAACAUACCAGCUACUCAGCUGACUGACAUGCGAGACUUGGGGUUUAGUUGGAUGGCCAUAUCUCAAAUGUUGUCAGUAAAUGUUCGAACACUGUACAACCACAGGAUACAACUAGGUUUAGUGGACUAUGGAACUUUUAAUAAUAUUUCAAAUGUGGAUCUUGAUCAUCUCAUUACUGAGAUUCUUACACAUACCCCUGGCUCAGGAGAAUCCUACAUUAGUGGUAGUUUGAGAGGAAGAGGAAUCAGAGUUCAGCGGUGGCGAGUGCGAGAACGUUUAAGAAUAGUUGAUCCAGUGGGAAGAGCUUUGAGAAGACGGAGAGCAAUUCAGAGGAGGGUCUACAAUGUCACUGUCCCAAAUCAAGUGUGGCAUAUUGACACAAACCAUAAGUUAAAUCCUUGGGGGUUUGUGUUUCAUGGAGGAGUUGACGGCUAUAGUCGCUGCAUUACCUACAUGAGAUGCUGCACAGAUAACAGAGCAUCAACUGCUAUGCAACUUUUCCAGAGUGCCGUUGAUCUCUUUGGCCUCCCACAACGUGUCAGGGGUGAUGCUGGCAGUGAGAAUAUUGAUAUUGCACGGUUUAUGAUUGAACAUCGAGGGCCAAACAGAGGAAGCUUUAUGGUUGGACGAAGUGUGCAUAAUCAAAGAAUUGAAAGAUUGUGGGGUGAACUAAACAGAGUUGUGUCAGCAUACUUUAAAGACCUUUUCCUCUUUAUGGAAAAUGUUGGGAUUUUAGAUAGCACUGACCCAUUUCAUAUUAGGGCUCUUCACCAUGUAUAUCUUCCAAGAAUUAACAGAUCUGUGGAUGAAUUUGUAAAUCAGUGGAACCAUCACAGCUUAAGGACAAUGGAAAAUAACUCCCUGCUGCAGCUGUGGACUGUUGGAAUGUUGCAACUUCCUCAGCAUCACAGACCGCUCAGUCAAGUGCACUUCAGACAUCGUUCUUACCAUCACCAGCAGUUGACGGCUGACUUGAGGCAGAUCGACCCCUUGAGUGACGAUGGAAAUCAUGGGAUAGAAGUUUUUUUGACAGCAUGCCGCAUGCUUCAGUGAAGUUAUUAGUAAAUUUGUUUGUGUUAAUUAAAAAAUGUAUUUGAGUGCCAGACACUAAAAAUUGUGAAAUAUCAUGAUACUGAAAAAGGUCCAAGACUAUUAUUUAGGUAAAAGUAAGGUAAGGUAAAAAGACUGGUUUUAUCUUCAUAUUCACUUGUGUCAUUUAAAUCAUAAAAGUAGACAAAUAAAGUGUUUAGACUACACUUUUUUUUCAUGACAAACCAUACUUGUCACAGUACAAAAUGUUACAGUAUAUGUUACAUAUGAUUGUAUGAUGUACUAAUUUAUCUGUUAAUAAACAGGAAUUAUGAUUCAUUCAUUAAAUAAAAUAUGU